CUAUCGACCUAUGCCACCUAGCACCUAUGCGCGUAAUUGUGUAGUAAACUCGGCUAAACGAAAUCUGUCGGCGUGUAACUUUUAAACAAGAUCUUUUCUACUUCCCGCAUCUCCGUUGCGAUUAACUUCCAAACGAAUAGUUCUCUGUGUUGACAAUGGAUUCUUCGUAUCUCCUGUUACUGUUUUUAUGUAUGGUAAAAUGCGAGUGGAACACUAAUGACUACCUGAAGAGAGAACAUUCGCUUAUGAAACCUUAUACAGGGUCAGGGCUCUCCAUGCCAUUCUGGGAUUUUCUAGGCAGCACUGUGGUUACUUCGAACUAUAUCAGGUUAACAUCUGACCUGCAGAGUAAAAGUGGUGCAAUUUGGAAUAUAGUGCCCUGUAAAUCUAGGAACUGGGAAAUCCAAGUUCAGUUUAAAGUGCAUGGUCAUGGGAAAGAUCUCUUUGGAGAUGGCUUGGCCAUUUGGUAUGCUCGUGAUAGGAUGGUUAAGGGUCCUGUCUUUGGAUCCAAAGAUUACUUUCAUGGCCUUGCCAUAAUUUUGGACACAUACAGCAAUCAUAAUGGCCCUCAUAAUCAUGCCCAUCCUUACAUUUCUGCUAUGGUCAACAAUGGAACGCUUUAUUAUGACCAUGAUCGAGAUGGGACACACACUCAGUUAGCAGGAUGUGAGGCAAGGUUUAGAAAUGUGGAACACGAAACAUAUUUGGCAAUCAGAUAUGAAAAUGACAAGCUCACAGUUUCAACAGAUAUCGAUAACAAAUCCGGCUGGAAACCAUGUUUUACAGUCGAUGGUGUGAGAUUACCGACAGGAUAUUAUUUUGGUAUGUCGGCAACGACUGGUGAUUUGUCUGAUAACCAUGACAUUAUUUCAGUGAAACUCUACGAGCUCGAUGAUUCCUUGACGGAUUCGGUUACAGAAGAUCGUUCAAAUAUUCAACCAGCUGCCCAAUCGUUUGAACCUCCCAGAGAUCACGUCGAUGACCCAAAGCCGUCUUCCCUUGGAGGUGUUAAACUUUUCUUGUUAAUGCUUCUUGGUGUUUUAGGGGUAUUUGUUUGCAUAGUAUUGGGAAUAAUUUUCUAUCAGAGACAACAGGAACAGUCAAGAAAGAGGUUUUACUAG